UCAGGAGUGUUUAGUGUGCUACACAGGAAGUCAACUCAAGCUAACCAGAGCUAGACAAGAAGGUUGUAGUUCGCCAGUUUAUGAAGCGCUUUGGUCCGUACACAGCUCAUAACCGUUUGAAUUGUAAUAUAUUUCUUUUUAAAAAUGUUGAUCAAGGUUAAGACUCUCACUGGAAAAGAAAUAGAGAUCGACAUUGAGCCCACAGACAAGGUGGAGCGGAUUAAAGAAAGGGUAGAGGAGAAGGAAGGGAUUCCCCCACAGCAACAAAGACUCAUCUACAGUGGAAAACAGAUGAAUGAUGAGAAGACAGCAGCAGACUACAAGAUCCAGGGAGGCUCAGUGCUCCAUCUCGUGUUGGCGCUAAGAGGAGGUUCGGUGCUCCACGGUCCUUGCUGUAUAUUCUUCUCCUUGUCAUGAGUUGCUGUUGUCAUGGGGCCAGCUGAGUGCCAAUGCUUUAGGUGUCUCUCACUGUCUAACCAUGUUACAGCACAGAGAUUAGAAAUUCCAUGCUCCUGGGUUGAUGCAAAGAAGAAAAAAACCAACACGAAAGGCUGAUCUAAUUCCUGUGUAAAUGUUUUUGUAAACUCACAUUGGCUUUCUGAGUUUGACCAGUUAAUGCAGGUGCCCAUGCAGUACAAGAGACAAUUUGAGAACACCGUGGUUGUUUUGCUUGUGAAUAAAUGCUGAAAUGAAA